AUGGCUGCUCCUGCGUCCCCCGUUAUCCUACAACAACCUCGGGACCCACCGACCUUCCAUGGAGCAGCGACUGAAGACCUGGAAUCCUGGCUGGAGUUCUACGAACGAAUCACGACUUUCAACAACUCGGACUCCGACGACAAGCUGUGGCAUGCCUUCCAGCCCCCUAUUCACGCCGAGAGCAACGAGGCCUCGCUCACCAAGCCCAGCCUCCCGGGAAAACUGAGUCCAGGGACCUGCGGAGGAGGGCAUCUCAUAACUCCAAUGAGCCGGUGCAUGGCACGAGUCAACAUUUGGGGCUUCACGUACAUCGGCGAUUUCGUCAUUCAUCCUGAAUGUUCAAAGGGCCUCAUACACGGCAUGGAUUUUCUUCAGGUGAACGGUGCCAUCAUCGACCUGCAAGAGUCUAGAGUCACCUUCGCUACUACGCAAGCCAUAGCGAACAUUAAUGACAACGACCAUGACGUCGCGCUUCGCGUAGCUGACGAUCACGUCACGUUGCAGCCCAAGAGCAGCGCCCUUACCCUUGUCCGAUGCGACAUGGAGGCAGACGCCGAAGGAAUUGCUGAGGCAAACAUGCCCCUGCUACUUGAACGCCUCAUUUUGCGGCGCACGUCCAUCACAAAGCCCCGCAUCAUUACGGACAAGUCCGCACGUCCUGUUCGUCAGCAUCCUUACAGAAAGUCUCCAGUGGAAAUGGAAGCGAUCAAGUAUCAGGUGAAAGAGAUGCUCCAAGACGACGUGACCAAGCUGUCCACCAGCCCGUGGGCCUCGCCUGCAGUGCUACGGAUGAUGGAUACCGUGCUUGCUGAACUCAAAUGGCAAACCUGUCUCGUAUACCUGGACGACAUCGUCGUGUUCGCGAGCACGUUUGACGAACAUUUCGCACGGCUCGAGAGUGUCCUCGCAACGAUCAAUACUGCCGGCCUCACCAUCAAGCCUGAAAAAUGCUACUUCUGGUUCCAAGAGCUCAAGUUUCUUGGCCAUGUCGUUGGUCCUCAAGGCAUCCGACCAGACCCCGACAAGUUAGCUGCCAUCGCCGAGUUUUCACCACUCACAGACAAGAAGGCUGUCCAACGCUUUCUUGGUUUAUGGGCAUAUUAUAGGCGCUUCGUCGAGGGAUUCUCGAGAAUCACUCAGCCUCUGACACAGCCUACACGCGACGAUGUGCCUCUCAUUUGGGCGUGCGAGCAGCAGCAGUCGUUCAAUGAAUUUCGCAAGUGUUUGCAAGAGGCCCCCAUACUUGCUCAUUUCGACGAAGACGCCGACGCUGAAAUUCAUACUGACGCCAGCAAUGCGGCUCUCGGCGCAGUUCUUGUACAGUGGCAAGCUGGUGUGGAACGCUCCAUCGCUUAUGCAAGCCGCAGUCUCACGAAGGCAGAGAAGAACUACUCAACCACUGAAAAAGAAUGCUUAGCGGUUGUUUGGGCAUUUCGUAAAUUUAGACCCUGCUUGUACGGUAGACCCUUUGAGGCUGUCCGCGAUCACCACGCCGUGUGCUGGCUUGCCAACCUCAAGUCUCAUUGA